AUGCAGCAGUCUGCUACUCGCUUACGCUGUGACCCGACGGAUUAUGCCAAGCGGCAACAAGAGAAAAAGGAACGAGCAAAAGAAAUUCGUGAGCAACGGCAGCGCGGUAUUUUCUCCGACGAGCAUACAUUUUCCCCAAAAGUAAACUCGAGGGCUCGAGCUCAUCCAACGCCGCCGGGUUCCCGUGAAGAGCCUGAUCAAGCUUCUAAAUCGGACAGUAUGGCCUACCGGAACUACAGUCACAGUAACAACCAUCAGGACAAAGAAGACGGAAGCGACGCGCUCGAUAACCUAUCGCGCAGAUACCCAAAAAAGGCACCGACAACACCGCAGCAGAUGGCAGCAUUGCACGUUAUGCCGCUCGAGCCAGUGAAGCGAGCGACAGGACGAGAGAUCGAAGAUCUCCCUAUUAAGAAAACAUUGGCACCACCACGAACAGGAAACCACAACGGACCGUGUUUGCGGAAUUCAAGUUGUGGAUGCCCGAAAUGUGGAGGUGGUGGCGUUGCCUCAAGUAACUUGAGCAGUGCUGAUGCCCAAGAAGCUCCUAUCCGCCGUAGGGAGCCCAAAUCUGUGCCAUCAACAGAUCCAUAUCGAGAAAAUGUCGUGAUGGCGUCGCAAAGUGAGAUGGGGAACUCAUUGAUGCUCCUCAAGUCCAAGAUGUCUCGUCGGAAAGCGCGGAGUGCGCCGACGAACCAGGCCUCUUUGUUUGUAGAGAAAAACACGCCCAGUGCUGUUAUUCACUCAGCACGCUUCCCAUCAUCAACCUCCAUGUCCCGAGAUACACCGAGUCCACAACCAAGACAGCCAGUUGCACCACGACGAACUCCAGCUCAGGACGUCCCAGCUCCACCUACCAAGCGUAAAUCACCCCUUGGCAAUGUUGAUGAAGACUUUACCGCAGAUACCCGCUAUCCUGCUCCGAUCUCCACGGGAUUCAAUCUGUCCGAAGAACUCGACGAAAACGGAGACGGCUCGGAACAAAUGGAACAAUGUCAUAACUGUAGCCGGAAAUUCAACGUCGCAUCACUACAGAAGCACCAGAAAAUCUGCGAAAAGGUUUUCUCUGGACACCGCAAGGUUUUCAACAUGGCAGCCAAGCGGCUCGAAGGAACAGAAGCAGAAAAGUUAGCGAAGGAAGCGAAGGCUAAAACCAAGGGCAUAACUCGGAAAGCCCCCUUGUCAGCAACGGAGCAGCCAAUUAAGGUGAAAAGCGUUGCAGAUUGGAAGCAAAAAAGCGAAAUGUUUCGCAAUGCCAUGAAGGCUAGUCGAGAUGUAUCCAAGGCGCUAAAGGAAGGCAAGGAGCUACCGCCAGUGAUGCCGUCUGCCCCUGACCCGAGUCUGAUCCAGUGCGAGUAUUGCAGUCGUCGCUUCAAUGAAAAAGCUGCCGAGCGCCAUAUCAAUUUCUGCCGAGAAAAGUCUCAACGUGAUAAUAUCAAGGGUGGAGCAAAGCGAACGCCAGCUCCAAAACCUGGGUCGCGAGCUGCAGCUACGAGGAAAAGAUAA